AUGGCUCCUGCCUCGAAGACACUCAAGAUUGACGGAAAGGACAUCAGCAUACCAACCGGCCUCUUCAUCAACAAUAAGUUUGUCGAAGCUAAAGAGAAGGCUGUCUUCGGCAUCGAGAACCCAGCCACUGGCGAGAUAGUCAUCGAGGUUCAGGAAGGACGAGCUGACGAUGUCGAUAUCGCAGUCAAGGCUGCCAGAAAGACCUUCAAGAGCAAAGAGUUCAAGGAAAUGAACCCUGCAGGAAGAGCAGCCCUCCUACACAAGCUUGCAGAUCUUAUGGAGCAACAUAAGGACGAGCUUUGCGCUAUCGAGAUGCUCGAUACUGGCAAGACACACAAGCAGGCCUCGAACCUCGAUGUUCCUGGUUCAAUUGGCACACUGAGAUAUUAUGCUGGCUGGGCAGACAAGAUCUUGGGACAGGCCUCCUUCAAUGUGCCAGGCACUUUUUCGUACACUAGACGAGAAGCUGUCGGAGUUUGCGGACAAAUCAUACCAUGGAACUUUCCUUUACUGAUGUUUACCUGGAAGAUCGCUCCAGCAUUCGCCUGCGGAAAUACCGUCAUUAUUAAAGCGGCCGAAGCUACGCCACUCUCAGCCCUAUACAUGUGCCAGCUGAUCAAGGAUGCGGGCUUCCCUGCUGGUGCCAUCAACUUGAUUAACGGCUAUGGCAAGAAUGCAGGUGCAGCGAUUGCUAGUCAUAUGGGCAUCGACAAGGUCGCUUUCACCGGCUCGACUGUCACUGGAAGAGCUAUACUCAAAGCCGCUGCAUCAUCGAACCUGAAGAAAGUCACUCUCGAGCUUGGCGGAAAGUCACCCAACAUUGUGUUCCCAGACGCUGAUUUGAAGAAGGCAGUGGAGUGGAGUAUUUGGGGAAUUAACAUGAACUUUGGCCAGACCUGUCACGCGGGAACACGCAUCUACGUGCAUGAGGACGUAUACGACGACUUUAUCAAGACAUAUACCGAACGACUCCAGAAGGUCAAGGUCGGAGACAAUUUCAAUAAGGAGGUCGACCAAGGUCCGCAAAACAGCAAAAUGCAAUACGACAAGAUCCUCAGCUACAUCAAAUCUGGCCAAGACGAAGGUGCAACACUACACCUAGGCGGCAAAAUAGACGAGAUCGCGCAGAAAGGAGGAAAAGGCUAUUUCAUCCAGCCCACAAUCUUCACAGACGUCAAGCCAGACAUGAAGAUCAUGAGAGAAGAGAUUUUCGGUCCUGUCGUGGCGAUAUCGAAAUUCAAGAGCGAGGAAGAAGUUAUCGACUUUGCGAACGAUACCUCGUACGGUCUAGCUGCUGGCAUCCACACCAAGGACUAUGAGAGAGCUAUUCGCGUGACAAGCGCGCUCGAAGCUGGCACCGUCUGGGUAAAUAUGUACAACUUUGUGCAUUGGAGCAUGCCUUUCGGAGGUUACAAGGAGAGCGGUAUUGGUCGGGAAUGUGGCGAUUCUGCCUUGGAGAACUAUACUGAAAUCAAGACGGUGUACUUUAACAUGGGCCUUCGAGCACCAGAUGCUCUAGAUUAA